AUGCUGGAAUAUGAAAGAGAUGGUUACUGGCAUGGUGUGCUGGAGCUGAGAGGGGAGUGGACACCAGAAAUAACCUGCAAAGCUUACUUUGUGGCUUCUGCUGGACUGGUGGCUACAAUGACUGACUUUGUCGUUCACAUGGGUGAGCUGACACAUGAAGACAGUGUAAGACUCCCAGAAGUAGAGAGUAUUUCAUUGGAAAAACAGUUAACUCUCACUUCUCAGGAAUCUGGAACCAAACCACUGACCUUCACAUUUGUACCAUCCAUUGGACGGCUUCCAACUCAUUUUGAGGUUGUGGAUGUCUCUAAGUACCUUGUGACAAUUCCAGAGGAACCAAAGGAUCUGACCAAUCAAGAAAUUACAAAUAAGUCUAACACAGUCUCUGAGGAGCUGGGCUUAAAGAGUGAGGCUAGACGAGACUGUGUGUUUGCUGUCCAUACAGGCAGCACCCAAACAGCUUUCCAGUCCUCACAGUGCAACUUGAGCAAAGGAGAAAUGCAGGAGAAUGACCUUUUUAAGGCUGAGUUUAUUCUGAUUACGGAUUCUGGUGAUGAAGAUGAAGUUGCCACUGCCUUGAGCAACAUUCAUCGGCCUUCCAAUGGCUAUGGUCCCAUCAGUGCUCAGCUGCUGCCCGCAUCUCACAUUUCCCCUGGCACCAGCGCAGGGAAACCUCCUGGCGAUGGGCACAUUCCAGGUGCUACACUUUCCCACAGCAGUGCUGAUCUACGUAAACAUCAGUUAAUUUCUACUCUUUCCAUCUCUGAUCAUCUUUCCUCUAAACCACCUGCUGUCCACUUAAUUUCUCCAACUAAUCAGAAAGUAGCAUGUGGUGCCAUGGUUAAUCUGAAUCAAGCCUCUUCGCUGGAAGACUCCCGUAACAACUGGCAGUCAGCAACUGGGUUUUCUAAGCAAGAUUCAUCUCUCUACUUUGUGUCUGCUUCCCAUAGUUCACCUCUCUCCAUGUCUAAAAUAUUGUCUUCUGCAUCAAACACUUGUUACUCCACUCCUCCACUGUAUGAUAACCUAGAAACACCACGUCUCUAUACCCCUGGCAGUGUUUGCAAAACAGGAGACUAUACCACAUCCUCUCUUCCAGCAAAGACUCCAAGUCUUUCCCCCAGUUCUCCAUGGUCAGCUGAAAUCCAAGGAUCUUCAGCUCAGUCUUUGUUCUGCAGUUCUUCCAAAACUUUGAACACUUCAGUUCCUAUCCCUGUACAUAUAGUAACACAUUCAUUAUCUCCUAGCCCUAAACCUUUGUCUCCACCCUCUCUUUAUGGCUCCUCUUCAACAAUAUGUAGUAUAAAUGAAUCUUGCACACAAAGGUCAUCUAGAGGAAAUUUAGCAAAGUCAGGAGUCAGAUCCCCUCUGCCAACCAGACUGACCCUCUUAACUGCUAUUUUGAGAUCGGGCUCUUCUCAGCAGAGAAGACCGCUUUCUCCUGCUUCUUGUCCCACAUUUUCUCCUAGCUCCCUUGGUUCCUCAACACUCACAAUAGAUCAAAAGUACAAAACAACUCCCCCAACUCCCAAGAAAUCUGUUUCAAGCCCUCUUAUAAGGCCAGAUUCUCCUAGCAGAGAGGAAUAUUUGCCUUCAGGAUGGGCUCAGCAUCUACCUUUAGCCUCCAAGAUUCAUCCUACCCCUCAGGCAAGAUCCCUUUCUCCAAAAAAGCACCUUCCAGUCAGGACAGUUUCACCAGACUCCCAAGGUCCUCUGUCAUCCUCCCAAUCCUCCCACAGAAAAUCAGUUGCCUCUCCAGGUUUGCAGUCUACACUGUCAUCUCCUUGUGGCACAGCUCUCUCAUCCUUUGCACGUCCUACCUCUCCUUCUCCAGAAGUGCUGCAAUAUGCUGCCUCCAGGUCUUGGGCACCUCAGAAGUCUCAGAGAGUACACACUUACUCACCCAUCUUUACCUGCCGGUCAUAUCCUUUGCUUUCUUCUACCAGAUGUAGAGGUGAUUUCCCCCCAGCUCCAGAAAAACACUCAUCUCCUUCCCAAAGUCUUUUGCAUCCGGAUUCUAGAUCUAAAUCAGAUUUAUCCCAAGCAUCUACCCAGGAAAUGAGUGCCUCCUCUCCUUACCCUUCAAGUGCCUCAAAGCCGUGGUCUCUCUCACAGCCUCAUUCUACUCCACCAGUUCCACGAACUGGUAAUAUUAAUUCUUAUCAGCUUAACUCUUCACUGGUGGACAUAAAUUAUAGGUCUAAUUCCUCCACCCCAAGACCUGAGCAAUAUUCCACCUCACCGAUGUUAAAGUGCAGAUCUCCUGUCUCAGACAAGUCAUCCAGCACACUGCCAUCAAGACCCAGAGACCUGACUUCACCACAGCCUUUUCCCCUGCCUUCUCACCAUGAAAACAUCAAACCCAAGCAGUACAAGAUCAAGACAAGCUACAAGGCAUUUGCAGCAAUCCCUACAAACACAUUACUUAUGGAACAGAAGGCAUUAGAAGAGCCAGCCAAGACUACCAGUGUGACUGAAGGCACUAAUUUGGACACCCAUGCAGAGAUGUGCUCCCCUGCCCAGCUCAGACAACAAACAGAAGAGCUGUGUGCUGUCAUUGAUCAAGUCCUGCAGGACCCACUGACUAUGCGUCGAUGCGAAUCUUCUCCAAGUUUCCUGCAGAUGAGCACAGAGUCAGAUGUUGGCAAAGUAUCAGCUACACUGCAGAGAGCAGCUGGGCGUGAAACAAGAUUUGCCAACCUUAACAAAUCAGCACCUACGGUGACAGAAAGUCAGCUGACAAAACCUGGUGUCAUUCGUCCUGUGCUGGUGAAAGGAAAGAGUGCACAACAACAGGAGGAGCCCUAUCAACCCAACCCUUUUAAAAAGUACCUUGAAGAAAUCAGUGAUCAAGCUAUUGAGCAGGUUGCCAGUGAAAGAGGUUCUGUUUAGCUAUGAUGCCUUGAAUUAGGAGGAAGAGCUAAAACUGUGGAGUAUUUUGAGGCCUGUUGAUAUACUGAGAAGGCAUCCACAGCAUAAAUGUUACCUAAACCACCUCUUUUUUCUUUU